GUGUGGAAAUGUUGAAGUAGUAAUGUGUUAAAUGUCCUCAAGAUUUUAACUAAUUCUGGUGGUAUUUUUUAUUAAAAGUUUUGUAAACUCACUUUGAAAUUACGAAUCGAGAAUGGCUGAUACGCAUAUCGAAAAUAAAUUGGAAGAAUUCAUGGAAGGAAUUAACUGUAUUAAAGAUAUAUCAGUUGGAUUGGACGUCCAGUUUAAUAAACCAAAAUCUAAUAUAGUUGAUGUUAAUCUUGAGAAUGUUUUGUCUGAUACAAAAAGUCCCUCAGCUAUUACAGAUAUUAUAAGCGAUGAGACGAGUGAUAAUUCCGGUGUAAUUGAAAAUGAGAAAACCCCUCAUUCCAUAAAACGCAUGGUCAACGCAAAAAGAACAAAACAACAAGACGAUAUUCAAACGGGAAAAUGUCAAGAAAGACUAACCCCUCUUCCCGUAUUGAAAUUUGCUGAUUCAAACGCCGUUUGGCUUAAUAUGAUUUACAAAGAGGAAGCAACGUUGAAAAUGCGCAGCCCAAAAAUAUUUUCCGACCGUUCGGCUUACUUACCUCGAAUGCGGGCGAUUUUGCUUGAUUGGCUCAUGGAGGUUUGUGAGGUCUAUCAUUUAAGAAGGACUACGUAUCACUUAACAGUUGAUUACAUCGAUCGUUAUUUAACUAUUCGAUCUUCAGUACCAAAAACCCAAUUACAACUACUCGGUGUUUCUUGUCUUUACAUCGCUGCUAAACUGGAAGAAAUUUAUCCACCUAAAUUAUCUGAAUUUUCUUAUGUUUGCGAUGGGGCUUGCACUGAAAGUGAAAUUUUAGCUUGUGAACUUUUAUUAUUAAACACUCUCACAUGGGACGUAAACCCAAUGACACCUACAUCCUGGUUAAGUUUAUAUAUGCAAAUUUUACAAAACCUCGAUAAUAACAAAAAAUUACUUGAUAACGAUGGAAUAGAUGAUUUCCAAUUUCCCCAAUAUUCAGCUUAUCAGUUUGUUAUGGCUUCCCAAUUAAUCGAUUUAUUUUCAAUGGAUCCAGGAUAUUUAAGAUAUAGUUAUAGUGUUAUCGCAGCUGGAGCUUUUUAUUAUAUUUAUGGAAAAGAAGCAACUAUUAAAGUAUCAGGUUUAAGUUGGCCGCAAUUUGAGGAUUGCGUUGAAUACAUGGCAGUUUUCCACAAAGUCUUGAAGAACUCCAACGAUCCACGAUUAAAAACCACAUUUCCUAUCCAAGAUUUAGAAGAUAAUAGCAACACCUCUAGCUUAAGGUUUUUAAAAAAACGUGUUCCUGGAUUAGUAUCUGAUGAAUUACAUUGUUUACAAACUCACGUCGUCGACUUAGAUUAUUUUGAAAAAUCAACAAUACAAAGAGUAGAAGAUCUUGGGUUUAGAAUUGAAAAGGUUUACAUGAAGAAAGUAAAGAAGAAUGGUACAAAAGAUGAAAAGGAUAAUACUGAGAAGGAUGAAGAAGAACAGGUAGAAGAAACGACAGUGGUGGUUUAUGAAAUAGAAAAAAUAAAUGGAUGUGUGGAUAAAGAUGAAGGAGAGGAUGAAGAAACGGACGAUGAGAACGUAUUAAACCUAUUGAAAGUAACGAAAAAAGCUGGUGCAAGUUUCGACGCGAUUUUGGGUUCAUUACAUAACGAUUGCUAUAAUUCAGAGAGGUAAUUCAAAGAUUUUAGGUAUUGUAAGGUUUUAUUAUUAACAAGAAUAGACUUUUUCUUUAUUGUUUAAUUAUUUUGUUUAAAUAAUUCAGCGUGGUGUUAUUAGGUUAAAUAAUGUUGAUCUCAUGUGAUAAAAAAAUAACUUGGAGCUUUAGAACUUACCAAGAUACUUCUUUACUCAGAUAACAUAGGAAAUUUUUUAUUUUGGCUGACAUGUAAAAUAUUUCUUGAUAUUUAUCACUCAAUAGUUUUUUUUAGACUACUUAACUGCCGUGUACUGUGAUGAUGUAGGUGUGUUUAAUGAUAAAAGAACUAUUUCAUCUCCUUUCUUAUUUAAAUAAAUAGUAUAAAACGUUGGUUAUAGUACAAAAGCGUGAUAAGCGGUAAAGUUAUUAUGUAUUAUUAAAAAACGUAAAAAAUAUAAAUAAAACAGGAUGUAUAAAUA